CUCCGCCGCCGCAACGGAAGCAGCAGACCCGGGGACAUGGACUCUGAAGGCAGCCGAUCCGCGGCCUGCACCGGCUCCAGCCUCCUGCAGCCGGUCAGCCUGAUCACCGACCUGCCGCUGGACCAGGUGAACUUUGUGGUGUGUCAGCUCUGUGCUCUGCUGUCGGCCUUCUGGUUUCGUCUCUUCCUCCAUCCCAGUAAAACCAGUCCCUUCAUCAGACACAUGGUGGCGACUCUACUGGGACUCUACUUCGCUCUGUUCUGCUUUGGCUGGUACGCACUUCACUUCCUGGUGCAGAGCGGACUCACCUACGGCAUCAUGAUCCUGACUGGAGUCCAACACAUGCACAAAUACUGUCUCCUGGUGGCACUCAGCUAUCUGAGUCUGUGUCAGAUCACUCGAGUCUACGUCUUUGACUACGGCAUGUACUCAGCUGACUUCACCGGACCCAUGAUGGUGAUCACACAGAAAAUUACCAGCAUGGCAUUUGAAAUCCAUGAUGGAAUGGCUGGAAAAGAGGAUAAUCUGACCCCGGGACAGAAGAUUUUGGCGAUAAGGAGGAUGCCCAGUCUGCUGGAAUACUUCAGCUACAACUGUAACUUCCUGGGGAUCCUGGCCGGACCCACCUGCUCCUACAACGACUACAUCGCCUUCAUUGAGGGAGACCCCCGUCGCCACAGGGACCAGGGCGCUGAUGGGAAGUCCAGUGUCAAGCGGCGGCAGAGCGAGCCCUCACCAAACACUGAGGUCGUCCGUAAAGUGACCACUUCCUUCUGCUGCCUCCUGCUCUUUCUGUUGGUGUGUAAAGUUUUCCCUGUGGAACGAAACAUCGACGACGACUUCAUCGCCAACACAACGUUCCUCUCUCGGGUGGUCUACCUGUACCUGUCCAUGGUGACCACCAGACCCAAGUACUACUUUGUCUGGACUCUGGCUGAUGCCAUCAACAAUGCUGCAGGUUUCGGCUUCAACGGUUACGACAGUGACGGCUCUCCUCGCUGGGACCUGAUCUCCAACCUGAGGAUCCUGAACAUCGAGUUUGCCACCAGCUUCAAAGUCUUCCUCGACAACUGGAACAUUCAGACGGCUCACUGGCUCAAACGAGUGUGUUACGAGCGAUGUCCCUACCACCCGACAGCAGCCACCUUCAUCCUGUCGGCCAUGUGGCAUGGAGCGUAUCCAGGUUACUACCUCACCUUCCUCACCGGCAUCGUCAUCACACUGGCUGCCCGAGCGGUCAGACACAACGUUCGGCCAUACUUCCUUCAAUCACCCUCCCACAAACUGGUCUAUGAUGUCAUCACAUGGGCGGCCACUCAGAUCGCCAUCUGCUACACAGUGGUGCCUUUUGUCCUGUUGUCUGUCGGUCCAUCAAUAAAGUUUUACAGAUCGUGGUUUUUCAGUCUCCAUAUCGGCUGCGUCCUGUUGGCUGUGGCAUUGCCAGUCAAACGGAGACAUCUCCACCUUAGGGACCAGCAGAGAACCCUCCCCCAGGAGCCGCGUCAGCAUCCCCUGGAGGCUAUAGAAAGUAACUGCAGCCAGAAGGAAAGAAACACAUGAGAGAGAAGAGAAAGAGCAAUCGGGCAAAACAUAAUAUUUCCAUUCAGUUGUUUAGAAAGAGGAGGUGAGCCUCAUCAGGCUGAGCUUCCUCCCUUCUGCGAUACAGAAACAUGAUGGUCAGGUUAAAAUACUGUAUUAUUUGAACUCAUGGGGCAAAAGGAUACAAAGAACAGGCCAUGAAAUUAUUUUCUCAUAAACGACUGCCAGGAUAGCAUCUAUAUGUACUGAACUAUCAUGGCCACCUGGGUAGUGUUAAACUGACUCCAUUUUGUUUGUAGUCAGAAAGCUACUGACUGUCCAUCUGCAGGAAGGAAUGAAGAAAAGGAGGAAAAGGUAAAAGGGUAAUUGGGACAACAGUCGAACAAAUGAUUGUAGAUGUUAUAUGCAAAAACAGAAUGAAGAAGCGAGGAGUAAAUUAGUCGAGUGAAAACGAGUGAAGGGGUGAAUGAGCAGGUCAGUGAGUUACUGCAUUAACGAGUAAAUGAAUGUUUUCUCCUCCACAUUGAUCUAAUCUGACAGACUGUCAUUGUCUCAUCAUCACAGUAUUCAGACUAAUCACUUUUGGAGAACGUGCCAAUGAUUAUUAAACUCAGUCGCCUUAGGUCUUACGUUUUUUACAAGACAAAGAGAAUUUUCACUCUGUCCUGACGUGUGAGUGGUGACAGCGACGUCGUGUUUACAUUUGUAAAUGUCAUGUUGUUAUUUAUGUAACCAAUCUUUCCGACGAGGCAUCAAUUAUUAAGGCUUAAUUGGCUGUAAUUACUGGCUGUUAAUAAUUAAUAAUGAUAAUAUUGCUAAUGAAUAAAAAAGUUUUAUUAUGUAAAAUUGACACUCUUCAUUUACACUAUUUAAAGUUUGUACAAACAUUUGCAUACACAUAUUCAUAUUUUAUUCAUAAUCAUAUAUAUACAUAUAGCUCUUUUUUAACCCUUCUAAUUUGUUUAAUGAAUUAGACCAAAAACAAAAGGUCGGAUGACUAUGGGCUCAUCUGCGAAGCAGUAAAUGAAUUAUCAUCUAUCAAUAAAACUACUGAUUACUGCUCAUUAACGCUUAAUAAAUGAGGCCUUAACAGGUGGUACCAUGUUCUUUAUGAUAUGUGUUGUUGUGGAUGUUCAGAGUCCGAACAAGGAAAAACAAGUGUAACAACAUUUUUAGAAUGAGUUCAAACUGUGAAAUUCGAACGUCCAUGAUGUGAUAAGAAAUGCUGUUUUUUAAUAUUUUUUUUACCUUUCCAUAGACUCAACAAAUUUCCCAUGUGGUUGAAUGCAGUGAUUAAAUAGAUUGGUACAGGUAUUGAUUCAAUUUUAUUUAUUAUAAUUUAUAAUUAAUUAUAUUAUAUAUUUUAUUGUUUUAAUUUUAUACAGGGAUGUUUCUUGGUUCAAAUUAGCUCCUAAAAAGAAUUGGGUUUAAUGAUUCUACGCCAUGUUUACUAACAGCUUAACACUUUGAUUUAAGGACUGAGCAAUUCAACAGGUAGAAGAUAAUGAGUUGAGAUAAUGUGAAUAAUUGAUUAGUUGAUGCACGGAAGAAUAUGUUUCAAUUUCUUUUUUUAUAAGAUAAAUGAAAAAUAAUUGCCAAACAUAGUUCCAGGUUCUCAUGUGUGAGGGUUUUCUUUGAAAGGAAAUCUCUGAGUCUCAAGAUGUCUCUUGCACUGUGGGACAUUAGCAUUUUUAUUUUUGAUAUUUAAAAUGAUUAAUUGAAAGUUAAUUUGAUCAGUUAGACUGUUAGCGGGCUCAGUUUGUUUGGUGUAAGAUGUUUUUAAUGUUUAAACACAA